AUGCAUUUUCGACCCUCUGUCAGAUGGGAGAAGAUGCCAACUACUCGAGGCAGAUCUGUCAGCGUGAAAUUCAUUGACAAACUUCAACAACGCAUACAAUCGCUCGAGGCUCUUAGUCAGGACGUGCUCAAUAGCUCGGCUUGGAGGCCCAAUGACCAUGAUGCUCGAUCGCCUUCAGACGCGCCUGUGCUACCAUGCAGUCCAAACACCACACAGCGAGAUGAUACCAGACCUACCAGCAGCGAGAUCCCCAGACCGGCCACUCCGGCCGCUUCAGCCGGAUCCCAUGGUUCCCAUCCAAAUAUACCCGUGGCGAUGGGGAUCAGCGCAAAGUCUCCUCGGACCGUUCGCGGUGAAUCGCCGACGUUUUACGGCGCAACGUCCCACCCCCAUGUUGCUUCGCCGGGUGAGGAGUCUCGUCUCACUUCUUCCGAAUGUGUCGAUACGGUCGGCAUUGAACUGGAUGCAAGUUCUCCUCGUUUGCGAGAUCAUCUUCUUCGGUCCUUCUUCAAAUAUCAAACACUGUGGGUCGACAUUGUAAACAAGGAUGCAUUCCUUUCCCAUCAAGCGACUGCUACCGAAUCUCGAUGGUAUUCGAAAUUUUUAGAAGAUGCAAUGUUAGCAUGCGGCUCUCGGCUAAGUACCUCUGCAUCCGUACGUGCCUUGGGCACCAGAUAUUUCGAGUGGGCUAAGGAGGGAGCACUGAGAGCGCUAACCGAGCCAACACCUGCGAAUCUGCAGGGCUUCUUAUUACUGAGUGAGUACGAAGUAACUCAGGGUAAUGAUAGGACGGGUUGGAUGUUUUGUGGCGUGGCUUGCCGAAUGUUGUCUGAUCUUGGUUUGCAUAAAUUUGCAUCUGUCACGGGACUUACCAGAAAGGCUCAAGAUUCGAACAAUGAAAGCAACCUCGCCUACGCAUUGUUGUCAGCCUGCAUCGUGUAUGAAGGAGUGUGGACAUUGUACCUAGGAAGACCCAGCUCUAUCCCGCAAUCGUUCAUGAAUGCCGCUGCUUCACGCUCUAGGAUGGGGCUCGGUUCGGAUUCUCCAUGGCUAAAUGCUUGGGUGGGACUUUGUGUGCCUAUGGCCCAAGUAUCUCAUGUGUUGAAUGAACAGUCCAUCAGCGACUUUGAUAGGUCUGAUUCAUUACGCAAACUCCUGAAACAGAUAGAAGAGUGGUAUGACGACCUUCCUCCAGGGAUGACAUAUGACGAUAGGGGGCUCACAAACAUGGAUCUGGCCGGAUACGGUUUACAUUCCCAGUACUGCAAAGUACAAAAUCUCGUGAGGCAAGCGCUAGCUACACCUCAAAAUACCAGGAAGCGGCGGCGCUCGCAACUUACGAGCGAUGUGUCGCCUCCAGCGACAGCCACCGACUCAAAGAGUAUCAUCUAUCAAUAUGCGCUACGUACAGCUCGCCUGGUCGUAACCUAUCGAGAAGUAUUUGGGACGGAGAAGAUACCUUCCAUCAUGCUCGACAACGCAGUAGUGGCGGCAACUACCAUGAUUGAACACCUCAAUGAAGCCGGCAACCUCGACGAGAUGAGACAUGAGGUUACUUGGCUUCGUCACUUAAUAAAGAGCAUGGAGCUGGUGCAGAUACAUUUCCCAAUAAUUGGGCGCAUGCUCGACUCUCUUAAGCAAAUCUGUGGAAGUGGACCACUCAGUACCAUGCUUUCCCCUGUCCAUCGGGGUUCCGUAGAAGCUGCCCGUCACCACCCACGGGCUUUAAGCCAGUCCCUUGAUUUCGGCUCCUCGUCAAACAUUGCCCAGGAGGAUCCGCUCGUAUCAGGAUUUGAUCCAGGCAUCAUGUGGGAUUUCUUCGAUACAAAUGUUGUCCCAGAUCUCUUUGCUUCUUCGGGUAAGGCUAGCGAUUCUUUUGUAGGUCUUCCGCUGUCGGAAUCCACGACUUCCAACUUGAUGGCAGGAGACAAUAUUUCCAACUUUCCCCAAGCAGUACCUUGAAGUCAAGGCUUUCGACCGUCUUCGCACUUGGGAUCUUACUAUACAUGUUGCGUGGCUCAAAGGCUAGUUCACUCCUCUCAACCUUGGCCGCUACCACGUUCUUCGAUGCAGUGGCUGCUCUAGGCUGACAUCGAGCCGUUUCUUAUACCGUUCGUUUGUUGCU